GACCGCCAGAACUUCAUACAUUUCCUCAUAAAGAUAAAAGCUCAUUUGUGAAAGUGUCCAACAAUGGCAACUGCUGCUGUUCAACAUGCUCCCGGCAAUACCGUCGACCAAGUCAUUGAGCCUCUCGCUCAGGAGAAUAAACUCGCGAAGCAUGACGUUGUAACCGAGUUAAAUUACUACAAUGAUCCAGGAGAUGGAUCUCUCCCAGCUCCUGUCUAUGUUGGUCAAACAAAUGUUGAACGUCCACACGCUGCCCACAAAAUUGUCAUCCACGAUAUUUCUGGAGAUGAGGAUAAAUACACCCUUGAUAGCCAUGGCUUCCAGUUUGUGAAGCAUGAAAGCAAAGAGAAAGACUUUCUGGACAAUGAGAAGAUCAAGGCAGAGUACUAUCCAGAAGUGGAACAGCUCUUGAAAGAUUUCACUGGAGCAAGUCGAGUUUUCAUCUUCGACCAUACAAUCCGGCGCGCGCCCACUGACAGUCGCAGCGGGCCCACUGUACAGCGUGGGCCGGGGAAGAGGGUUCAUAUUGACCAAUCUUACCGGGCCUCUGAAGCCCGGGUCAAGUAUCACCUCCCAGAUGAGGCUGACGAGCUUCUCAAGAACAGGUUUCAGAUCAUUAAUGUUUGGCGACCCAUCAAGACAAUCCUCAGAGAUCCACUCUCACUUGCGGAUGCCCACUCCGUGCCAGACAGCGAUCUCGUUCCUGCUGCUCUCAUCUACCCGGAUCGUGAAGGUGAGACGUACGCUGUUAAGUUCAAUCCGAGUCAUAAAUGGUACUUCAAGUAUGCCCAGCGACCUGAUGAGCCCUUGUUUAUCAAGUGCUACGACUCGGUCGAUGAUGGUCGCCCGAGGAGAAUUCCACAUUCUGCAUUCUCAAAUCCAGCUCAUGAUGAUGAGCCUCCGAGGGAGAGCAUUGAGGUCCGAACACUAGUGUUUUAUGAUUACUAGACUGCCAAUAUGUCAAUUAGUAUGUUGCUGUAGUAGGAAAUCUUGAUGCUCUGAUACGUGCAAAGUUUGAGCACUCAAAGGAGACUUUGUUGGAUAUUGUGAGGGCUGUAUAGGUGCAGAAAUUGAUGAGCUAGGUUGAGGAAAGGUGACAGAUUGAAUGAGGACUCUAUAUUGUUUCGAAUGAAUGCAAAUCAGAUUACAC